AUGCCUAAUUUCUAUGAUCGUCUUUCAUUCUCUGAAUAUAUUUACAGAAUUAAAUUAAAAACUAUAUUCAACAAUAAAAUAUACAAAGAGAAUAAUAAUUUCAUAAAAGAUUUAUCAUUUCAUUCAUUAAUACCAUAUUCACAAUUACAUAAUUUUGAAUCAAUGACAUUUUCAUUGGAUCAUGAAAAUGAUCUGAAUUAUUAUGAUUAUAGUAAAUAUGUUAUCAUAAACACUGAUACGUUGAAAUGUAUCAAUCAAUGUUUAUUAAUAACUGAUCAAAGUAAAUAUCAAUUAAUCUCUGGUAUCAAAUAUAGAGUUUAUUGGUAUCAACUUGCUAAAAGUCAAGAAUUUCUUAAAUGCCUAAUAGAAAUAAUACCCACUGGUUAUGGUGAUCCAUAUUUUCAAGAAAUUGCUAUGAUAGUAUUGACAAACAUAUGUAUACUUGCUGGAUAUAAAACUAAAUAUUCAAGAUUCGAUGACUGUCAAUCUGCUUUACAAAAUUUGAUUCAUAUUACCGCUGGACCACUUGUCAUCUUUUCAAGUUCAUCUAAUCUAGGCCAAAUUACAAUUUGGUCAACUCAAGCUUUAACUGGACUAUUGAAAGCAACAUUUAUUUAUUAUCCAAAUUUAUGCGUGAAUUAUGAACAAAAUGUUUGGAUGGAAAGAUUGUUGUUGUUUUCUCAUGUUAUUCAUGUUCUUCAUAGAUUACUACCUAAAGUCUUCCUAGUUGAAUCAUCUAAUUUCGGCACAUAUGAAUUAUUGAAACAGUUAAGCAAACACAUUAAUGAUGCUGAAGACUCUCUCAAUUUGGAUAUUUUAUCAUCACAUUUGAAUCUUCUAACAAUAAUUUUAAUGAGAUUGCCAUCAGUACAAGUGCUGUUAUCCUCAACAACAACAACAUCAUCAUCGGAUGAUAAAAUUAGAAUACAAGAAGUGGAUAAAUUUCUUGCCAUUAUACAAUAUGGAUUCAUGAAUUUAUGUUUGGCUGUCGGGAAAGUUUGGUUGUGUCCUGCAUGCACAAAUAAUUUAAUAGAUCAAAGUGUUUUCGAUUUUCUUAAUCAAGAUCAACAAAUUACUGAUGAUCCGUUUUUAAAAACAAAAAACUGUACUCCCAAUUCUUCUUAUGAUCUAUUAUUAUUUCUUUAUGAUUUAUUAAAAUUAUUAUUUAAUUUAAUUAAAAUUUCUUAUUUAAAAAUUUAUUUUCAUAAAAUUCAUUUCAAUCUUAUUCAAUGUUUAUUAUAUUUAGGCAAAUGUUUAUAUUAUUGUUGUUGUUGUUCGAAUUUAGAUUAUCCAUCAUUGAUAUCACAAUGUAUAUUCUAUAUCAUACGUAUUAUUGGUUGUAUAUGUUAUGAUCAUGAUCAUCAUGAUCGUGAUCAUGAUAGAAUUGAGAUCAGAUCAUCUUUCAUUGAUUCUGUUAUAUUAUCUAAUCAAUUAUUCAAUAAUUUUUUAUUACUUAUUCAUUGGUAUUAUCAAUCUAGAUGUUCAUGGUCUAUAUGUGGUAUUGAAUUAUGUUGGUGUUUAACUAAUUUUAUACAAUAUUUCAAUAUAUCAUUAUUUCAACAACAACAACAACAACAACAAUCUAAUCAUCAAAUGUUAGAUCAUUUUAUUGAUUGUUUUCUAUUUAAAGUAUUCACUUUAGAAUUAGGUACUAAGGAAGUAAUGCGUUUAUUAUAUAUUAGUAUGAAUAUUAUGAAUAAUAAUAAUAAUAAUAGUGGUAUAUGUAAUCCUGAUAGAGAUCAUUUCUAUUGGAUCAAGAUCUUAAACUCAUUAAAUGAUCAUUUGAAGUCUCAAUUGAUUUAUUGGAAAUAUUUAAAACAAAAUUUACCAAUGUGUUAUAUUGAAACAUUUAUAGGUUUGUUUAAAUUCUUGUCACUUAUAAACAUGAAUAAUAAUAAAGUAUUGCAAGAAUAUAUUGUAAAUAAUUGUCCUAUAUUAUAUAAACUAUCUAUUAUAUGUAAUGAAACAUUGACAAGUAUGUCAUCAUCAUUACCUUCAAUAUCAUUGGAAUUAUUGACAAUGGAAGAAAUUAGCGAGAUUUUAUAUUCUAUGAAUUCUAGCACAGAUAUUAUAUCAUAUAUCAUGUCAGUUCUUGAAUAUAUAUGA